AUGCUCGCUGUGAGAUGCCUCCUGUUCGCUGCAGUUUUCCCACAGGGACCAGGUCUGGGAGAAUGGGUCGGUGCCGGGGACGGACGGGGCCCUUCAGAGCAGAUAGUCCGACCCCAAAGACUCCUGCAGCAAAUCCACUCGGACGAGGAGCUGCUCCACGGAAAACUGGACACACGGGUCAAGAACCAGACCUCUGCCCUGCUGCAUUUGGCCCAGAGCAGCUUCCUCGUCCAGGCGUUUGGAACGUCCUUCAUCCUUGACCUGGAACUAAACCAUAACCUCCUUUCAACAGAUUAUGUGGAGCGUCACUUCGAUGAACACGGACAGAUUUCUCAAAACACGGGAGGAGAGCACUGUUAUUACCACGGGACAAUCCGAGGACUUCAAGGUUCCUGGGCCGCGCUCUCCACCUGCCACGGCCUACAGGGGAUGUUCUCUGAUGGAAACUCCUCCACCAACCCCAUCAGCACCAACCCCAUCAGCACCACCCACAUCAGCACCAACCACAUCAGCACCACCCACAUCAGCACCAACCACAUCAGCACCAACCACAUCAGCACCAACCCCAUCAGCACCAACCCCAUCAGCACCACCCACAUCAGCACCACCCACAUCAGCACCAACCACAUCAGCACCAACCACAUCAGCACCACCCACAUCAGCACCACCCACAUCAGCACCAACCACAUCAGCACCAACCACAUCAGCACCAACCACAUCAGCACCAACCACAUCAGCACCAACCACAUCAGCACCAACCCCAUCAGCACCAACCCCAUCAGCACCAACCCCAUCAGCACCACCCACAUCAGCACCACCCACAUCAGCACCAACCACAUCAGCACCACCCACAUCAGCACCACCCACAUCAGCACCAACCACAUCAGCACCAACCACAUCAGCACCAACCACAUCAGCACCACCCACAUCAGCACCAACCACAUCAGCACCAACCACAUCAGCACCACCCACAUCAGCACCACCCACAUCAGCACCAACCACAUCAGCAUCAACCACAUCAGCACCAACCCCAUCAGCACCAACCACAUCAGCACCAACCACAUCAGCACCACCCACAUCAGCACCAACCACAUCAGCACCACCCACAUCAGCACCAACCACAUCAGCACCAACCCCAUCAGCACCAACCCCAUCAGCACCACCCACAUCAGCACCAACCCCAUCAGCACCAACCACAUCAGCACCAACCACAUCAGCACCAACCCCAUCAGCACCAACCACAUCAGCACCAACCCCAUCAGCACCAACCCCAUCAGCACCAACCCCAUCAGCACCAACCACAUCAGCACCAACCACAUCAGCACCAACCCCAUCAGCACCACCCCCAUCAGCACCAACCCCAUCAGCACCAACCCCAUCAGCACCACCCCCAUCAGCACCAACCACAUCAGCACCAACCACAUCAGCACCACCCCCAUCAGCACCAACCACAUCAGCACCACCCACAUCAGCACCACCCACAUCAGCACCACCCACAUCAGCACCACCCACAUCAGCACCACCCACAUCAGCACCACCCACAUCAGCACCAACCCCAUCAGCACCAACCACAUCAGCACCAACCACAUCAGCACCAACCACAUCAGCACCAACCACAUCAGCACCACCCACAUCAGCACCAACCACAUCAGCACCAACCACAUCAGCACCACCCACAUCAGCACCAACCACAUCAGCACCAACCACAUCAGCACCAACCACAUCAGCACUAACCACAUCAGCACCAACCACAUCAGCACCAACCACAUCAGCACCACCCACAUCAGCACCACCCACAUCAGCACCAACCACAUCAGCACCAACCACAUCAGCACCAACCACAUCAGCACCAACCACAUCAGCACCAACCCCAUCAGCACCAACCCCAUCAGCACCACCCACAUCAGCACCACCCACAUCAGCACCACCCACAUCAGCACCAACCACAUCAGCACCAACCACAUCAGCACCACCCACAUCAGCACCACCCACAUCAGCACCAACCACAUCAGCACCAACCACAUCAGCACCAACCACAUCAGCACCAACCACAUCAGCACCACCCACAUCAGCACCACCCACAUCAGCACCAACCACAUCAGCACCAACCACAUCAGCACCAACCACAUCAGCACCAACCACAUCAGCACCAACCCCAUCAGCACCAACCCCAUCAGCACCAACCACAUCAGCACCAACCACAUCAGCACCAACCACAUCAGCACCAACCACAUCAGCACCACCCACAUCAGCACCACCCACAUCAGCACCAACCACAUCAGCACCAACCACAUCAGCACUAAUCACAUCAGCACUAAUUACAUAAACAUUUCUCGAGUUAGUGCAGUGUCCAGUCCUGUUAUCGUGGUUAUGACAGAGCGACGGGACCACAUCAUAAGUCGUCUUCCAGGCAUCGAGCUCUUCCGUCCUCCAUGUCCCGGAUGCUCGGACGGCAGCAGCAUCAGCGCAGACUUCAGAGCAGAGAAGAAGAACUCGGCUCCUGUCGCUCUGAGGAGGACCAAGAGGCAGCUGGGGUACUCUCCGGUGAGGAGAGGCCAGCGCACGGUGCAGACUGAGACCAAGUACAUCGAGCUGAUGGUGGUGAACGACCAUGAACUGUUUGUGCAGCUGCGGCGCUCGAUCCCUCACACCAAGAACUUUGCCAAAGCAGUGGUGAACAUGGCAGACGCGAUCUACAAGGAGCAGCUGCACACUCGCAUCGUCCUGGUUGCCAUGGAGACCUGGUCGGCGGAGAACAAGGUGGCGGUGGGCGAUGACGCUUUGCUAACGCUGAGAGACUUCAUGAAGUACCGGAGAGAGAGCGUCCGGCAGCGCUGCGACGCCGUGCACCUCUUCUCCGGCAGGACGUUCAUGAGCAGCCGGAGCGAAGCCGCAUACGUCGGAGGCAUCUGCUCUUUGACCAGAGGGGGCGCCAUCAACGAGUACGGCAGUGUGGGACCCAUGGCCAUCACUCUGAGCCAGAGUCUGGGACAGAACAUUGGGAUGUACAGGAACAAGGAGCGGACUGCAGCAAGUGACUGCAGGUGUCCGGACCCGUGGCUCGGCUGUAUCAUGGAGGACACAGGCUACUAUUUGCCGAGGAAGUUUUCCCGCUGCAGCAUCGAUGAGUAUCUGCGCUUCCUCCAACUGGGAGGAGGCAGCUGUCUGUUCAACAAACCAAGCAAGCUGCUGGAUCCUCCUGAGUGUGGCAACGGAUACGUGGAGCCAGGAGAGGAGUGCGACUGUGGAUCACUACUCGAAUGUUCUCGGAGCGGCGCCAACUGCUGCAAAAAGUGCACUUUAACUCACAACGCCAUGUGCAGCAACGGCCUCUGCUGCAGGGACUGCAAGUACGAGCUUCGAGGAGUGACGUGUCGUGACAGUGUGAACGACUGCGACAUCCCAGAGACCUGCACCGGGGACUCCAGUCAGUGUCCUCACAACGUCCACAAACUGGACAGUUACAUGUGUGAUGCUGGACAGGGCCGCUGUUACGGAGGCCGCUGUAAGACCAGGGACGGUCAGUGCCGGACUCUCUGGGGCUACAACUCAGCCGACCGAUUUUGUUACGAAAAACUCAACUCUGAAGGAACAGAACAAGGGAACUGUGGUCACGACGCCACGGGACACGGCUGGGCGCCCUGCAGCAAACCAGACGUGUUGUGUGGUUUACUGCUCUGCACCAACAUGACUCUGAGGCCCAGGUUUGGAGAGUUACGAGGGAAAGUCACCAGUCUGACCAUCUACCACCAGAGCAGAUACCUGGACUGCAGAGGGGGUCAUGCGGUGCUGGACGACGGCCUGGACCUGGGUUACGUGGAGGACGGGACACCCUGUGGUCCAAACAUGAUGUGUCUGGAGCGCCGCUGUCUCCCGGUGACGACCUUUAACCUCAGCACCUGCCCUGGCUCCUCCCCCUUCCGCAUCUGCUCCAGUCACGGGACGUGCAACAAUGAAGUGAAGUGCAUCUGUGAUCCGGACUACACCGGGACGGACUGCAGCGUGUUCGACCCCACCCCCAUCCCCACCCCCCCUGAGGGAGCAGCGGCACAUAAAGGUCCCAGUGGCACCAACAUCAUCAUUGGUUCCGUGGCGGGGGCCAUCCUGGUGGCGGCCAUCAUCCUGGGGGGCACCGGCUGGGGGUUCAAAAACAUCCGCAGAGGAAGGUACGACGCUGCGUUUCCAUAG